UCCAAGCAUCAUGGUGGUAUCAGAGUCGUCCCAGCCUCCAGUGGAGGGAGAUACGGCAGGAGCUAGCAAGAAGGCAGCCAAGAAAGCAGCCAAGGCUGCCGAGAAACAGCAGAAGAAAGCUGAAAAUAAAGCGGCAUCGGCCCAAUCUCAAGAAACAUCAGAACCAGACAUCUCUGAAGGCCGAUAUGGAGUACUCAAGCUGAUCCAGUCGUCGGGAGAGAACAGGGAACGUGUCUACACUGAUGUAAAAGACCUUGGUGUCAAAAUGGAUGGACAGACAGUUUGGGUUAGAGCCCGCCUGCAGACGUCUCGCGCUAAAGGCAAGCAGUGCUUCGCGGUAUUACGUCAGAGCUCAGCGACAAUGCAGUUACUGAUCAGCGUCAGCGAGGAGCGUCGCGUCAGCAAGCAGAUGGUCAAAUUCACUGGCAAUAUAACUAAAGAAUCGAUAAUAGACGUGCAAGGGACAGUAGUGAAGACAGCGUCUCCCAUCGAGUCUUGCUCGAUACGUGACGUCGAGUUACUCGCGAGCGAAGUUUGGACCGUGUCCAGUGCAAGAUCUCAGUUGCCCUUGCAGAUUGAAGACGCCGCUAGACCGGAAAAGAACGAUGACCCUGAAGCACUGAAGAUCCGCGUGAACCAAGACACACGCUUGGAUAACCGCGUGCUGGACCUGCGAACGCCCGCCAACCAAGCCAUAUUCAGAAUUGAAGCUGGUGUCUGUCGCUUAUUCAGAGACAUUCUUACAAAGAAAGGUUUCGUAGAAAUACACACGCCUAAGAUAAUCUCCGCGGCGUCGGAAGGUGGCGCUAACGUCUUCACGGUGUCGUACUUCAAGAGCUCAGCUUAUUUGGCUCAAAGUCCGCAGCUGUACAAACAGAUGGCUAUCGCUGCUGAUUUUGAUAAGGUGUUCACGGUAGGAGCCGUGUUCCGUGCAGAAGAUUCCAACACUCAUCGACAUCUCACCGAGUUCGUGGGCCUCGACUUGGAAAUGUCUUUCAAGCACCAUUACCAUGAAGUAGUCGACACUAUCGCUUCUACUUUUACUGAUAUAUUUCGAGGGCUACGUGAUGAGUUUACAUCAGAAAUCGCCACAGUGGGCCAACAGUACAGCGUUGAGCCGUUCAAGUUUCUCGACCCGCCGCUGAAGUUGGAGUUCCCUCAAGCAAUACAGAUGCUGAAGGAAGCUGGCGUAACGCUGGGCGAAGAGGACGAUUUAUCGACUCCCGACGAGAAGUUACUAGGGCGGUUAGUGAAGGCUAAAUACGAUACCGACUUCUACAUUUUGGACAAAUACCCGUUGGCUGUUAGGCCUUUCUAUACAAUGCCCGACCCGAACAAUCCGAAAGUGUCCAACUCAUACGACAUGUUUAUGCGAGGCGAAGAGAUCUUAAGUGGCGCGCAGCGCAUACACGACCCCGACUUCUUGAUCGAGCGAGCGAAAUAUCAUGCCAUCGUACAGAAGUAUUAA